AUGGCAUACGGCAAGUUGAAGUACAACCUUAUUGUGUGGGAUGUGUAUUUGUUGGCUUCCAUAUGGUCGUCUUGGUGGGCUGUGACAAAGAUAAAGAUUUUGGAAAAGAUUGUUUCAUCUGUCCAAAUAGUUAAAGUGAAGACUAGAGUGUGGGAGGUUUUGGAAGAGGAGCUCUUUCCAUAUGUUGGCAUAAUUGCAAUUGAGCAUGUUGGUUUUAAUGGCACUGAGUUAACUGGGAUUGAAAUUGUGUGGACCUUUGACAAUCCUGAAUCAGUUGAGCUCAAUCAUUGCAAGCUCAUUGAUGAGAUUGUGAUUGGGGAAGACAAGUUGAUCCCUUUUUCUGGUGUUGAAAUGGGUUGGACAAGCACAAUAAUCUUGAGAGGUGCAAGUUUCAAUAGUGGUGUUUUACUUGCAAUCUGA